AUGGAUCAACCUCAAGACUCUGGCAUCAAAAUCUACAACAACGCCGUGUACGGCGACCCACCUGACCCCGAGGACCAUCCUAAGCCGAACUCCGCCGCUUCCUCCUCCUGCAUGGGCUCCAACCCUAAACCACCUUCUUCAUCCCUCCCUCUCGUCCGUCUCAACCACGACCAACUCCACGGUCGCAAACGACGCGCCGUCGCAAAGGGAGUCCAGAAAACCAUCUCCAAAACCUCAAUGCUUGUCAACUUCCUCCCCACCGGAACCCUCCUCACUUUCGAGAUGAUCCUCCCUGCCAUCUACCGCAACGGAGAGUGCACCACCGUCACUACCAUGAUGACUCACGUCCUCCUUGGAAUCUGUGCCCUCUCCUGCUUCUUCUUCCACUUCACCGACAGUUUCAAAGGCCCUGAUGGGAAGGUGUACUACGGCUUCGUGACGCCGAGGGGGUUGGCGGUUUUCAAGCCGGGGCUGAAGGUGGACACGCCCAAGGAUGAGAGGUAUAGGGUGGGGUUGACAGACUUCGUUCAUGCCAUAAUGUCAGUGAUGGUGUUCAUGGCGAUUGCGUUCUCAGACCGGCGCGUGACCGAGUGUAUGUUUCCCGGGCACGAGAAGGAGAUGGAUGAAGUGAUGGAGAGUUUCCCGUUGAUGGUGGGAAUUGUUUGCAGUGGCUUGUUUCUUGUGUUUCCUACUUCUCGCCAUGGAAUUGGCUGCAUGUCUGCAUGA